AUGGCCGACGACGACGUGCUGUUCGAGGACGUAUACGAGCUGUGCGAGGUGAUCGGCAAGGGUCCAUUCAGUGUUGUGCGGCGAUGUAUCAACAGAGAAACUGGGCAACAGUUUGCUGUCAAGAUUGUCGAUGUAGCAAAAUUCACCUCAAGUCCUGGAUUAAGUACAGAAGAUCUGAAGAGGGAAGCCAGUAUCUGUCACAUGCUGAAGCAUCCCCAUAUUGUUGAAUUAUUGGAGACAUACAGUUCAGAUGGAAUGCUUUAUAUGGUUUUCGAAUUUAUGGAUGGAGCAGAUCUGUGUUUUGAAAUUGUAAAGAGAGCAGAUGCUGGUUUUGUGUACAGUGAAGCCGUAGCCAGUCAUUACAUGAGACAGAUACUGGAAGCUCUACGUUACUGUCAUGAUAAUAACAUAAUUCACAGGGAUGUGAAGCCACACUGCGUGCUACUUGCUUCAAAGGAGAAUUCAGCACCUGUAAAGCUUGGUGGUUUUGGGGUAGCUAUUCAGUUAGGGGAGUCUGGACUAGUAGCUGGAGGACGUGUAGGAACACCUCAUUUUAUGGCCCCAGAAGUAGUAAAAAGAGAACCCUAUGGGAAGCCUGUAGAUGUUUGGGGUUGUGGAGUGAUCCUUUUUAUUCUACUAAGUGGUUGUUUGCCUUUUUAUGGAACCAAGGAAAGAUUAUUUGAAGGCAUUAUUAAAGGAAAAUAUAAGAUGAAUCCCAGGCAAUGGAGCCAUAUCUCUGAAAGUGCCAAAGAUCUGGUACGCCGCAUGCUUAUGCUGGACCCAGCUGAAAGAAUAACCGUUUAUGAGGCCCUGAAUCAUCCUUGGCUGAAGGAGAGGGAUCGCUAUGCAUACAAGAUUCAUCUUCCAGAAACAGUAGAGCAACUGAGGAAAUUCAAUGCAAGAAGGAAACUAAAGGGGGCAGUACUAGCAGCAGUAUCAAGCCACAAAUUCAAUUCCUUCUAUGGGGAUCCCCCUGAAGAGCUGCCAGACUUCUCUGAAGACCCUACCUCCUCAGGACUUCUAGCAGCAGAAAGAGCAGUCUCACAGGUGCUGGACAGCCUGGAGGAAAUUCAUGCGCUUACAGACUGCAGUGAAAAAGAUUUAGAUUUUCUACACAGUGUUUUUCAGGAUCAGCAUCUUCACACACUACUAGAUCUUUAUGAUAAAAUUAACACAAAAUCUUCACCACAAAUCAGGAAUCCUCCAAGUGAUGCUGUACAGAGAGCCAAAGAGGUAUUGGAAGAAAUUUCAUGUUACCCAGAGAACAAUGAUGCAAAAGAGCUAAAACGUAUUUUAACACAACCUCAUUUCAUGGCCUUACUUCAAACUCAUGAUGUAGUGGCACAUGAAGUUUACAGUGACGAAGCUUUGAGAGUUACGCCUCCUCCCACCUCUCCAUACUUAAACGGAGAUUCUCCAGAGAGCGCCAACGGUGACAUGGAUAUGGAGAAUGUAACACGAGUCCGACUGGUACAGUUCCAGAAGAACACAGAUGAACCAAUGGGAAUCACUUUAAAAAUGAAUGAGCUGAACCAUUGCAUUGUUGCAAGAAUUAUGCAUGGAGGAAUGAUUCACAGGCAAGGUACACUCCAUGUAGGGGAUGAAAUCCGAGAAAUAAAUGGAAUCAGUGUAGCAAACCAAACAGUGGAACAACUACAAAAAAUGCUUAGGGAAAUGCGGGGGAGCAUCACGUUCAAGAUUGUGCCAAGUUAUCGGACUCAGUCUUCAUCCUGUGAGAGAGAUUCCCCCUCUACAUCCAGACAGUCCCCAGCUAAUGGUCAUAGCAGCACUAACAAUUCUGUUUCGGACUUGCCAUCAACAACACAACCAAAAGGACGACAGAUAUAUGUAAGAGCACAAUUUGAAUAUGAUCCAGCAAAGGAUGACCUCAUCCCCUGCAAAGAAGCUGGCAUCAGAUUUAGAGUUGGAGACAUUAUCCAGAUCAUUAGCAAAGAUGAUCAUAACUGGUGGCAGGGUAAACUGGAGAACUCCAAAAAUGGUACUGCAGGUCUCAUUCCUUCUCCUGAGCUUCAAGAAUGGCGAGUAGCUUGUAUUGCCAUGGAGAAGACCAAACAGGAGCAGCAGGCCAGCUGUACUUGGUUUGGAAAGAAAAAGAAGCAGUACAAAGACAAAUACUUGGCAAAGCACAAUGCAGUAUUUGAUCAAUUAGAUCUCGUCACAUAUGAAGAAGUAGUAAAACUGCCAGCAUUCAAAAGGAAAACACUAGUCUUACUAGGUGCACAUGGUGUGGGAAGAAGACACAUAAAAAAUACACUCAUCACAAAACACCCAGACAGAUUUGCAUACCCUAUUCCACACACAACCAGACCUCCCAAGAAAGAUGAAGAAAAUGGAAAGAAUUAUUACUUUGUAUCGCAUGAGCAAAUGAUGCAGGAUAUAUCCAAUAAUGAAUAUUUGGAAUAUGGCAGCCAUGAGGACGCAAUGUACGGGACAAAACUGGAAACAAUACGGAAGAUCCAUGAGCAGGGACUAAUUGCAAUACUUGAUGUAGAGCCUCAGGCACUGAAGGUCCUGAGAACUGCAGAGUUUGCCCCUUUUGUUGUUUUUAUUGCUGCACCUACGAUUACCCCAGGCAUUAAUGAGGAUGAAUCUCUUCAGCGCCUGCAAAAGGAAUCUGAGAUCUUACAGAGAACAUAUGCACACUACUUUGAUCUAACAAUUAUCAACAAUGAAAUUGAUGAAACAAUCAGGCAUCUGGAGGAAGCCAUUGAGCUUGUUUGUACAGCAUCACAGUGGGUUCCAGUCUCCUGGGUCUAUUAG